AAGCUCUCAUCGUUUUUUAACAACGGUUGUGACUCACCCGUCUUUGCACGGAUCCACGGCGUGCUCAGUCUCAUCGUUCAUCUUGUGCUAGUCGUGUCGCACGGCACCUAUCUGUAUUCCAAGCUGAACUCUGAACAAACGCAGCCAAGAUGAAGCUGUCGCCGCUCGCCGUGGGGGUGGUAGCCUUACUGCCGAGGUUUGCAACAGCAUGGGGUGGAUUUGGACACAUCACAGUUGCGUACGUCGCGAGCAACUUCGUGGCAAACAGCACCACGGCCUUCUUCCAAGGCGUCCUGCGCAACGACACCGAGGACUAUCUGGCCGGGGUCGCGACGUGGGCGGAUUCCGUCCGCUACACACAAUGGGGCAGGUUCUCGGGGCCCUUCCACUUCAUCGACGCCGAGGACAACCCGCCUCACAAGUGCGGCGUCAAGCUGGAGCGCGACUGCUCAAAGCAAGGGUGCAUCGUGUCCGCCUUCGCCAACUAUACCGUCCGCAUUUUGGACGGGCGGCUGCCCGAGCCAGAGCGCGAAAUAGCCGCAAAGUUCCUCAUACAUUUUCUGGGUGACAUUCACCAGCCUCUGCACACCGAGCAUGUCGCCCGCGGCGGUAACGGCAUCAACGUUACCUUUGGCGGUGUGAAGUACAAUCUUCAUCACGUCUGGGAUGUUGAAAUCCCCGAGAAGAUUGUCGGCGGUGUUGGCAAGGAGCAUCCGUACACCGAGGCUCGGCAAUGGGCCGACUCGCUGACUGAAGAGAUUCGCUCGGGCAAGUUCAAGGCCAGCAGCCAGAGCUGGCGGAAGGGGAUCAAGUUCUCGAACCCAGAGUUAACAUCGCUCGGCUGGGCGAAUGAGACCAAUUCUUAUGUCUGCACAACAGUCCUGCCGCUGGGGCCGGAAGCCAUAGUCAACCAGGAAUUAGGCACGAGCUACUACGAGAAGGCUGCCCCUGUUGUCGAGGCCCAGAUCGCAAAGGCAGGGUACCGGUUGGCAGCCUGGCUGGACUUGAUUGCGUCCAAGAUCAACAACCAGAUGGCGGGUGACUUGUGAGGGAGGGGACGACGAAUAUGCGUCGGUUGUGUUGGACGCGCCGACGGCGAUCUCGAAUGUCAUGAUUACGUACGUGUGUCCGUGUGAGUGUGCGCAUGUAUAAUAAGUAUGCGCGCGGAUCUAAAUCCGUUUUUAUUCCCACUCAAUGCGCGCGGCUUUUGUUUGAGAAAGGGAUCAUCUGCGAUAUGUGGUUUGGGAUAUCGUUUUGGCUUGGCGAAACAAUGAGCUCGUUCUUUUUCUACCCAAGAGUCUGCGGCCCAGGGAAACACGUCGUGCGUGAUC